AUGGCGAAUGAGUCAGAGCGCUUCGCCAAUGGCGGUGCCGAAUCGCAAGUGCGGGUGCUAAAAGACCUAUUUGCAAAGGUUCAAGCUAUUCAGAAAAAGUAUGGAGCCUUCUCCAGCCUUUUCAUUACUGGGAAUUUCUUUACUCCCGCUGUGGGAAGUGCAGCGAAUGCAACACUGACGGAGGAAGAAGAAGAUGUGUUGGCUGGAAAAGUCCAAACUCCGAUCAGAACAUAUUUCUCCCAUCCUCAAGCGCAUCUGCCAGCCAAAGUCAUUGAGCUGAUUCAGACCCGCACUCGUGGCGAUGCUCAAGAUCCAGAAGCAGAUUCGGAAGCCACAGAAUUGGCACCAAAUCUCUUCUACCUUGGCAAAUCUGGCGUCUGCAAGCUAUCCAACAACCUGCGAAUCGCAUUCUGUGGAGGAGCAUGGAACUCCUCAAUAUGGAGAGCGAGCCAAACGGCUGGAGUGGCUGGAGAAGACGAUCAAUGGAACCCAUUUAUCACACAGGCCAGCGUGUCACGUCUUUUGCAACACCCUGCUUUUGCCACCUCACAAGAACAGGUGACUCCAGUCUCAGAGGCCAAGCUGCAAGAGCCUCAAACACUUGCUCAAGCUCGUAAGGCUGCAGCAACUGCAUUGGAGCAGGCGGCCAAGGCUGCAGAGGCCCAGGCAGCUGAGAAAGUACGCCCACAGGUUGAUCUGCUCCUCCUCAACUACUGGCCUACCUCGAUCACUCUGUUUUCCCGCGUCGAGCUGCCGCAUCCUAGUGCUAGAGCUUGGGGCUGUCCUCCGUUCGCGGAUUUAGCUCGACGGGGCAAGCCCCGGUACAUCUUCUCCCUCGGCCCGAGCAUGUACGGCACCGGCGAGGACAAGGAGGCCCAUAUAGUAGGUCUAGACCCACCGGCUGGUACGCCUACAGGCAAGGAGGAUCAUCAACAUAGUAUCAGGUCUAAUGGAGCGUUUUGGGAAAGAGAGCCGUAUGCGACAAGCUCAACUUGCACAACACGCUUCAUCUCGCUCGCGAAUUUCGCAAAUCCGCAGAAGAAAAAAUGGUUCAUGGCGCUCAGCAUCACGCCGGCUGUGGCGAAACAAGCGCACGUGCCUUCUUCUGCUAAUCUGACGGAGAAUCCGUACGCUGAAGUCAAGCCCCGCGGACCGCGGCGGCCCAUCAAGCGCCCCACUGGCGAUGAUGCCGGUGAUGUGUCAUCUGGGCCAAAUUUUCGCUGGCAGCAGAGCAAUCAUGCCGGACAAAGCAAGCGUGCUCGACGCGAAUUCGAUCCAAAUGAGAAACCGCCCGAUGGCUAUUCCUGCCACAUCUGCGGUUCCUCUGACCAUUUCAUUCGCGAAUGUCCCGACAAGGCUCAGAAGCAAGACGUGCCGCCCGAGGGGUAUGUCUGCAAAGCUUGUGGAUCGAGCCAGCAUUACAUUCGCUUGUGCUCAGAAAGGGACAGCUCGGCCUCCUCGCGCUCGCGCGAGGCUGUGAAGUCUAUCGCGCCAAAAGAUUGCUGGUUCUGCUUGAGCAAUCCACAGUGCGCCAAGCAUCUCAUCGUCGACAUUGGCGAGGACUGUUAUGUUGCGCUGCCAAAGGGGCAAGUGCCUUCGUCCGCAGAUCCUCAGUCUCCAGUACCAGGCGGUGGACACGUCCUGAUCGUACCAAUCGCGCACGUCCCAUCGUUGCUCUGCGGCUCGCCCUCGGAGGCGCAAGUUCUGAACGACGAAGUCGAUCGAUACCGAGCGGCAGUGCGGCAGACCUACCAAGCGUAUGGAGCGAUGGCAUUUGCAUGGGAGGUGUGCAAGCUCACUCACACAAGAGCGGGCCAUAUGCAAGUCCAGAUGGCUCCAGUCCCGAUUGCACUCGGCGAGGGCAUGUCGGCCGCGUUCAAGGCGGCAGCCGAGAAGGAAGGAUACGAAUUCUUGAACGGGGAAGAUGCGAAGAAGCUGGUAGCUUUCGGUGCUGGUGCACGACCAGAAUACGUGCGCGUUGACAUUGACGGGCAGACAUACGCAAUGAGCUUGCAAAGCCGCAAAUUCAAUAUGCAAUUUCCAAGGAGCUUCUUGACGUCCUAUCUCAACGUUCCGGAACGCGCUGACUGGAGGGCAUGUGCCAAGUCGGACGAGAUAGAGAAGGCAGAAACAGAUGAGUUCAAAGAGGCGUUUGCAGAAUUCUCUACCAAUUUUGGAGGUUGA